GGUCCACCAGCCUCUGCCUCAGGAGUGCUAAGAUUAAAGGCGUGCGACACUAUGCACAGCUAGCAUUUUCUUUUUUAACUAAUUUAAUGUGUAUGUAUUUGCAUGUAUGUCUGUGCAACAUGAGCGUGCAGUGCCAUGGAAGCUAGGAAAGGUGUCACAUCUCCUAGAACGGUAGGUAUUUAAAGGCAGCUAUAACUGGCCAUGUAGGUGCUGGGAACCAAAUCCCCACCUUCUUUGACAGCAAUGAAUGUUCUUAAUUGAUGAAUCAUCUCUUCAGUCCCCUAUCUUUAAAAAAAUCAUUUUUAGAGGCUGGAGAGAUGGCUCAGAGGUUAAGAGCACUGGCUGCUCAUCCAGAGGACCUGAGUUCAAUUCCCAGCAUCCACAGGGCACCUCACAACUAUUUAUAAGGAGAUCUGGUACCCUCUUCUGGUGCAGGCAGACCACUAUGCAUAAGUCUUUAAAAAUCAUUUUCAAGUUUACAUAUUUUGCAUGUAUUAGUGUUUGCCUGUAGGUAUGUAUGUAUGUAUAUGCAUUAUGUGUGUGCCUUGUGCCCACUGAGGCUGGAAGAGGUGUCAGAUCCCUGGACCUGGAGUUAAGGACAGUUGUGAACCACCAUGUGGGUGCUGGAGCCAUACCUACAAGAGUGGCCAGCUUUCUUAGCUGCUAAAGCAUCUCUCCAGCCCCAUCCUUUUGUUAUUGUUUUAAAUGUAUCAAUUAUUUAUUUCAUCGUGUGUAUGAGUAUGGAAGCGCUCCACCCAGGGUGGGCAUGCAUGCCAGUGGAGGUCAGGGAACAACUUUCAGGAGUCACUUCUUUCUUUCUCCCACUGGGUCCCAGGGAUAGAACUCAGGUCAUCAGUGUUGGGGGCAAGUGCCUCUAUCUGCUGAGCCAUCCCACAGGCUAGGACCCCUACCUUUUCUGCAAAUUCCAUAGCGUCUUCCAGGCUACUGGCAUCUCCCCAGCAUUGGCAUUUCUGAAAUUCUUUGUCCUUUCUGAGCCCAGGGCUCCCUCUUUCACUCUAGGCACAGCUGCAGGGAGCAACAGACACCCCCCCCAGCCACAUCAUGGUGGAGUCUGCAGAAAAACUGCCAGAGGAAAUGCUGGCACUCAUCUUCCGUGACCUGCCUCUCAGGGACCGUGCUGCAGCUGCCAGAGUCUGCAAGGCCUGGGCUGCUGCCAUCACCAGCAGCGCUGUGUGGCAUGACACGGGCAUCAGUUGUGACUGUGAACUGGAAGACCUGUUGCCACCCUAUCUGUCCACCUGCCUGGACCACAUUCACAACCUAAGGCUGGAAUAUGAACCAUCAAAGACGUACAGCCGCCGAGCGGCCACUGAACUACUGACUGCUCUGGCCAGCCGAACAUCUCGACUUCGAGGCCUGUGCUUGGAAUGCCACGGAGAGAAGCCGCUUUUCGAUGCUGGCCACGACAUUCUGAACGCUGUGCAAGCUGUCUGCGGAGCCGCUCACCAACUGCACCAUCUCGACCUGCGCCGCUUGCCCUACACACUGGACGACACACUGGUGCUUCAAGCUGCACGGGACUGUCCCGAGCUCCGAAGUCUUUUCCUGGACAACCAUGCACUGGUGGACAGCGUGCAGCCCAGCUCUGUGCUCAAGCUUUUGGAGGCCUGCCCACACCUGCGCGCCCUUGGACUGCACCUGGCCAGUCUGUCGCCUGCUGCGCUGGAAUUGCUGGCUGCGCCACACCGCGCCCCUUUUGCACUCCUGGCACUGCGGUGCGCGUGCCCCGAAGAUGCUCGUGCGCCCCUUCUGCCGGAUGAAGCCUGGGCGACCUUGAGUUCCCGCCACCCUGGGCUGGAGGUGGAGCUGGAGCUGGAACCUGCGCUUCCAAACGAGGCCGUAACGCGCAUCCUGCAACCAGCGGUACCCGUGGCUGUGCUGCGUCUCAACCUCUCCGGUGAUACCGUAGGGCCAGUGCGCUUCGCUGCGCGCCACUACGCCGAAACUUUGCGCGCCCUCGAGGUGCGCGCGUCCGCUUCCACCGAGCUGCACACAGCUCUAGAGGAGCUGGCGGCGCGCUGCGCGGGCUUGAGAGAAAUACACUGCUUCUGCGUGGUGAGACCCUCGGUACUGGACGCCUUCCGUGCGCACUGUCCGCGCCUGCGCAGCUACACACUCAAACUAAAGCGUGAGCCGCAUCCCUGGCGGCCCACGCUGGUGCGGUGAUUGAGCGAUCUCACCACUCCAGGACCGCGCGGACCCGAAGCCCCUGCAAGGCCUGAGCAAGUUGCACAGGGACUCCCCAGCGGCUAGCCCGGUCCUUAGGGAGUUCGUAGACCACAGUGCUUCUCGGGGAUUGGGGCCUAGAGGGCAUCCACCAGCCCUAGGCUCCAUAGAUUCACGGAGCCUUCUCCACCUCUAUGUGUCUGCCCAUUCCCGGCUCUCCCUCCUCUCUGUUCACUCUGCGCUAGCUCCGAGGCCCAGAGCUGGGGGGAGGGCAGGCAUAAAUACAAGCUAAAAGUCAAGGGUGAGUGUGAAGUAAAUAAAUCCUUUAGCAUUCCUG